GCCAGUCCUUCCCUCCGCUCAUUCGUUCCGCGACGCGUCGAAUUGCCGGCCGGCCUCUCCCUCAUUCGUAUCGUGUCCGUUAACCGUACCGCUCGAUAAAUCAGUAACUCAUAUAAAAUGACGGAAAGCACGGAUACCCCGGCCGCCGCAGCGCCCGAGAAGACCCCGACUGAGAAUGGAACCACAGACACGCCGCCGGAGGAAACUCCCGAGAAGGCCACCGAGGAAAAAGAAAAGGAGACUCCCCCGCCCAAGGAGAUGCGAGCGGUCGUCCUCACAGGUUUCGGUGGUCUCAAAACGGUCAAAAUUCUGAAGAAACCCGAACCCACAGUCGGUGAAGGUGAAGUCCUGAUUCGCGUGAAAGCCUGUGGUCUAAACUUCCAAGACUUGAUCGUGCGGCAGGGAGCCAUCGAUUCGCCCCCUAAAACGCCGUUCAUUCUUGGCUUCGAGUGCGCCGGCGAAAUCGAACAAGUAGGCGAAGGUGUUACCGACUUCAAAGUGGGUGACCAGGUGGUAGCUCUUCCAGAGUACAAAGCGUGGGCUGAACUCGUCUCCGUCCCAGCUCAGUAUGUGUAUGCCCUGCCUGAGGGCAUGAGCGCCCUGGACGCGGUCGCCAUCACCACCAACUAUGUGGUCGCGUACCUCUUGCUGUUCGAGAUGGCCAACCUCACGCCCGACAAGAGCCUGCUCGUUCAUUCCGCUGGAGGUGGUGUGGGUCAAGCCGUAGCCCAGCUCGCGAAGACGGUGGAGAACGUGACGGUGUUCGGCGUGUGCUCCAAGAGCAAACACGAGGCUCUCAAAGCCAACAACAACAACAUCGACCAUCUGCUCGAGAGGGGCAGCGACUACACCAGCGAAGUUAGGAAGAUCAGCCCUGAUGGUGUUGACAUCGUGCUGGACUGCCUCUGCGGCGAGGAAUGCAACCGUGGAUACUCUCUCCUCAAGCCAAUGGGAAGGUACAUCCUAUACGGCUCGUCCAACAUCGUGACCGGCGAGACCAAGAGUUUCUUCAGUGCGGCGCGUGCUUGGUGGCAAGUGGACAAAGUGUCCCCGAUCAAGUUGUUCGACGAGAACAAGAGUCUCGCCGGUCUGAACCUGCGACACCUGCUGUUCCAACAUGCGCGCGCGCCGACCGUCCGCCGCGCCGUCCAGCGAGUGUUCGCGCUGUGGCGGGAGGGCAAGGUCAAGCCGCUGGUUGACUCCACCUGGGCGCUCGAAGACGUUGCUGAAGCUAUGCAGAAGAUGCACGACCGCAAGAACAUCGGCAAGCUAGUGCUAGACCCGUCUCUCGAGCCCAAGCCGAAACCCGCCACUCCGGCCAAGGGCAAAGCCGGCAAGGAAAAGAAGCCAGCCAAGGAGAGCUCCGAGGAGAAGAAGGACAAAGAGGCUAAAGAAGAAGAGAAGAAGCCCGCUGAGAACGGAGAAAAGAAUGGUGAGGAGCCGCUGACUAACGGUAACAGCGACGAAGAGUCUAAGGAGAAGGAGAAAGAGUCGAGCUGAACAGUUUCUCCCUAGGACUGGACCAGACAAACCACCGCCAAUUUAUUUUAGAGCUGUUUUACCUGUGUGACCGCGCGAGCUUACGGCGCCAUACUGUUUUGCCAUGCACUUUACACGACGAUUCUACCGGAUUUUCUGCAGUAUUUCUACAAAUUCUUUCUUAAUUUAAAACAUACUAUUUUUCAAAAUUUAAACAUUUAAUAGAACGUUGUUGGGCGCCAUAUUGAAUUACAUUAUGUGAGUGCGUACCAUUUUUUUUUACAAAUAUCCUCAUAACUUAAAACCAAGUAAUUCUUAAUGUUAUACAAUUAUGGAUAUUUGUGCUUAACAAGAUACUCCGGUGGAAUCGUCGUGUGACGUCAUGUACGGUUCUGUUCGAUCGCACCUUCGAUUGCUUAUAUUACUCGAUCCAUCGAACAUUCUCGUACAAUUUUUAUUAAAAUUUUAUUCGAUUCAUCACAAUUUAAUAUAAUGUACACAGCGAAAUAGGCAAUGAAUAUUUUUUUUAUUAACGUUUUUAUUUUUUUAUCGGGCCUAAGUUGAUUGUUUCUUAACAUUUAAUCUUUAGUUUUAAUUAAGACUUUAAUUUUUAGGAUGAGAUAUUUUAGUCUGCGGUUAUUUUGGACGGCUAAUGUAUAUCUAAGGUGCAGAGAUGCUUAAUCUUUAUGUAUGUUAAGCUUUAAUAUUUUAUUAGUAAAUGUUUAACGUUUGGCCCCGGAGACACCCCCGCCCUGGGCCCGCUACGCCAUCUGUGAACGAAACCCUACGUGUGAUAUUUUGUACUAGGUACUCUAGAUUUGCGGUACGAAGCCACACAUUAUUUUGUUUGAGCUUGAAAUGCGAGUAAUUUAUAUUUUUUAUACUUAGAAGUUUUGUAAAUUAUUUUGUAGUUAAGGAAAAUUAACGAAUUCGUUUCGAAGCGGCCAUCGCUGUUCGCACUAAGCUCGCUUGCUACGUGAUGUUCGCCCGAGCGCUAAUGUCAAAAGUGGCUGUUUCUAUUGUCUAUGAUAUUCGAGUUUUCGAAUCGUAGAAAUAGUACAGUUUACUUAUUACAAUUUGCGUAUAUUAUUCCCAUGGGUAUACUUGCCAUCAUUCGUCACGUCGCAAGCACAUUACCGCCAGUUAAACUUACAACGAGCUUGAAAAUAGUGCGGGUAUCUGUAAAUUUUUGUAAGAUCAUUGCAUACGCAGUUGGCGUUAAAAACGUCUUAGCUUUAAGACUCAAGUAAUAAGAUCUAUAAUGCAGAUAAAAUUAAACUCUUCUUAUUCGAUAAAAUUGAGUCUUACAAGCUUUUAUGUUUUUGAUGCUAACUAUAGCAUAGUGCGGUCCCUGAGCAGAUAUAACAUUGGCCACUGAUCUAGCUCUUCUUCUCUUGCUCACACUCAAUGAAUCUCCGACGAGACAGCAUAUAAGCAUUUACACGAGAGGGACAGAGACAGUCGUUAAUUUCCUCUCUGCCCGGCGACCGCACCAGGAUUAAGACAUAUUUUUAUAGACCAAUCGACGGGAUCUCUUGUACGAAGCUUUUUUACGUAUCUUUACUCAAAUGUCACAUAUCUAAACAUAGUUACACGUAACACGAUGUAUAUUAGUGAUAAUCUUUUGAUAUCGAUAUUCACCUACUUUUCUUUAUAAUAUAAACAAAAAUAUUUACCCGAAGAUGAUAAGGUUGUAAGUACCGCCAUAAUGUACAGUAUGGUAAGUUGUACCCAGUACUCGUAUUUAUCUGUAUGACAUAUCAUGUGUAGUCACAGUCCCUCAGGGCAGCUUACCUUCGCUCAAUAUGACCUGCCAUAGCGUCGAACGUCUCACUGAAAUUUUUUAUAAACUUUAUAAUGUACGGUUUUUGAAAAAAUUUUUGCACCCCGCUCCCGGAACCGACGGUUGUGAACUGAGGAGCGUCUGACUGUAUCCCUUUGGAUUUAAAAUUAGCUUUUUAUACUGUAGGAUCCUGCUGGAUUUGCUUUUACGAUGGCUCGGUGCUAGUUCGGUAGCGCGUCUCCGCUUCAGUCUCGGACCAAUGUAAACCUGUAAUCCCUAUAAUCUUGUCGCUUUAUGUGUCAAAUGUGCGUAUUUCUUGUAAUGUAAAAUGUAUUAAUAAAUUAUAUCGACCUGUAUAAUGGUUUAGAUUUACCUUUGAAUUUCCAUUCUAUAUCGUCCCGCGCGCCCGAGUGACCGCACUGUCCCCGGUGGAGUCCCAAUUGUUGUUGGUUAUAAUAUAGGUAUUCGCUGCCAAUAUUACGGGAGAGAGGUCGGACUCGUGCUCUCACUCGCGCAAGGCUGGGUCGUAUUUGUAUUACACAUUUAUUUUUGUAAGGGCGGGCCAGUGUGAUAUCUAUACUAUGAAAUGGAUAAAUAAAUAUGUAUGAUCUGUAAAAAUGCUUA